UACCCUCCAGUCAGGUUGUUCACGUCAAAAUGGCAGCCAUCGGAGUUAGUUUUCGGUGGUUAGAUUUAUUAGAAAAAGAAUUUGAUAAAGCCUAUGUUGAUCUAGAAUUGCUUAUAGGAGAUAUGGAGAGUGAGGAAUUAGAAUUAGUGUAUCCAGCAAGACAGAAAAUGGCCACCCUUAGUUCAUGUUUUGCACAGCUAACUCACAAGGCCCAAACAGUCUUCCAGAACAGCGCUAAGGUUGAGGCGGAGCUGGUGAAUGUGCGCGCCGAGCUGGUGGAGGCGCGGGCCACGCGGCAGGCGCUGGAGGACGAGCUGCACGUGCUGCUGCUGCAGCUCCACGCCGCGCAGCUGCAGCAGCCGCAGCACCAGCCGCAGCAGCAGGAGCACCACCAGCGCAUCUUGAGCCGGCUGCAGGGCGAGCUGGACCGGGAGCUAGACCGCUCCCCCCGGCACCACGUCAAAGUGGCGGGCGACGUGGUGACGGCGCUGCAGGCGGAGCGCGAGCAGCUGCACCGCGAGAACGCGGCGCUGCGCAACUCGCUGGUGGCGCUGCAGAGCGAGGUGACGGGCGCGCGCCUGGCCGCCAAGUACCUGGACAAGGAGCUGGCUGGCCGCAUCCAGCAGCUGCAGCUCUUCGGCCGCGACAUGAAGACGGAGAUCAGAAACAAGCUGUGGCGCCAGCUCGAGGCGGAGAUCCUGCUGCAGCGCCACAAGACGGUGGUGCGGGCGUGCCGCAUCAACUCGUCGUACCAGCAGCAGCAGCGGCUCAACAACCACAACAACCAGCACAACCACAAUAACAACAACAAGCACAACAACAACAUCAACAACAUUAUGGUGAACGGCGACGGGGAGACGGCGGCGGCGGCCGCCGCAGCAGCCACCUCCACGACGGGCCAGGAGGCGGCGGCAGCGCUGCGCGACCAGCCCGUCAUCAGGACAGUGACCGUCACCAGAGAGCCCGGCGAGGGGCUGGGCAUGUCUGUCACGGGCGGACGGGAGCACGGUGUGCCCAUCCUCAUCUCGGAGCUGGAGGCGGACGGGCCCGCGGCGCGCACGAACCAGCUGUACGUCGGCGACGCCAUUCUCGCCGUCAACAGGGUGGACCUGAGGCAGGCGGGUCACAAGGAGGCCGUGGCUCUGCUCAGCGCGCACCCCGGAGACGUGACCCUCGAGGUGCAGUUCUUGGCCUCGGCCGAGGACAGCGAAGACGACAACUCCAUCGGCGGUGACCUGGAGAACUACAGGUACCGAUUCUUUGACGAGGAAGUUUUGGCGCCCGGCGAGAACAUCAAUUUGUACAAUGGCUACUUGGACAGCGCGGAGGGAGGCGCAGUCAUCCCGACGCCUACAGCUCCUAGGACGCCGGACAGCAGGAACGCCUCCGAGGCCAGCUUCCCCGUGGGACCAGCAUCCCCCGAGCACACUGCGCAGACCCACCCCCACCCUCUCCAGGGAGGGAAGCUGUCGACCAUCGCCGUGGAGGUACCUGUGCCAUCGCCAAGUCCCGGGGGCAGCUCCAUCGGCGCGGCCGAGACCCUGAUCAUCCCGGCCAUCGCGGUCGAAGCCGACGUGGCGCAGAGUCCCACCUCCCCGUCGAGCCUGGUGGAGGUGAGCUCCGACAUGAGCCCAGAGCCCAGUCCCGCACCGCCAGCCGAGCGCGCCGAGGACUCUGACAGUGUGUCGGCCAUCCAGCGCAUCCUCAGGACCCUUACCUCGGCCUCACCACUCAGCAGCCCGUCGCCGUCAGUGUCGGUCUCGGUGUCGCCCUCGGCCUCGCCAGCCACCUCGACACCCGUGUCGCCCGAGCGUCGCUUGCGCUCUCACCCAGGCUACGCACUCAGAGCCUCUCGCGACAUGCACCACCACGGCCACCACCACCACAGCUACCAUCACGCCCAGAAACAGCCGCCGCCGCCGAUGCAGCAGCACUUGGGUGCGGGCCGCCGCCAGACUUUCACCACCCUGGACGACGAGUCCUUCGCCGUAUCGGCAAGCGGAGAGGACGGGACGCAGGAGAUCUACCGCUACCGGAAGCCCAUCUCGGAUGAGUCACAGAGCGAGAAGAUGUCCGACUCUGGCGUCGCGGUAACGGCCUCGGGAGGUAGCGCGUCGGGAAGCACGAGUGCGUACGCUAGCGUCUAUGGCCAUCAACACCACAGCACCAAGCCCAAGCAGACUAGGCGACGUUCUAAACGGUCUACGAGGAAGCAGCCACCCUCGGACGACGCGAUCAGUUCUCCAGACUCGAUGUAUUUCCAGGGUAGGUUUGCACCAAGCGACGCCGUUAUCCUAGACAACUUGGGUGAUCCGGAUUUUGGCACCCCUGUGUAAGGUGCUUGUUCAGACUCUACAUUCUAAAAUACUUAAGAUUCAAGGGGCUGCGCUAACUUUGUUCUGAAGUAUUGUUGCCACUGCAAAAGUGGUUGCUUAUAUGUACAAGAGCACAUACUGAACAUCUAGUCAUAAAAUUAAGAUUGUAAAACUACCUCCAUCAUGAAUCCUGUCCCACAGGACUAAUCAAGCUGCUCUUUCUUUUGGUCUUUAAAAAAAUUAUUACAUUUGACUGCUGUGAGGGGGAAGGUAGGGAAAUUACCAACAGAGUCAGUAUGUGUUUUUCUUGACUCGCUUUGAAUCAUCUGGGCUUCCUCUUCUAUGAUAGUCUUAAAGCAGGGUACAUUCAGAAAAUAGAAUGAAUUUCAUUGUAUCAUUCUGAUUAGUCUGGGCCAAGCUUUUACCAGUUGCAUUAUAUUCCUCUCAGCAGGAAGGUCAUUUUUCCUUACCUGACUCUACUUUAUGUACCAAAAAAAUGAUUCUCACUGCCACAAGUCUUAAAGUAGAUUUUGUAAAGGCAAAAGCACGAUGAUAUACAUAUUCUAAAUAUAGUAAACUUUAUUUCCACUCUUCGGCUCCAAGGACUGCACAUAAUAAAUCAAAUGGUAGCCAUCUACAUUUUUUUGAAAAGAUAUUUUGCUAGUAGCAUAUCAGUGCACAGAAAUGGACAUUAGCUUCUACAUUCCGUUUUGAAGUAUUUAUUCAAAAAAAUUGGGAUAAAUGAGGUGUAACUCAUUUGUUCUUGACUGUUAUGCUUCAUGACAAUAUUUUAAAAAUGCAUCUAAGGUGUAUUGAUUGUAGUUAGUCCUUCUUUCCCUGUCUCACUUUUCUUAGUUUCACACAUGAGAGGCUGAUUUCCCAACAGUCACUGGAUAAUAACAUUGAUAAAAAUAUUGUUUUUGAGAUGUCACAAGAAAUCUGAGACAGAAUUUAAGUUUGUUGUUGUUGUCGAGAUACAUAUUAUGGUGACGAUAGAUAAAAUAAUAGACUUAAUAAAUAGGGAUCAGAAAAAUUGUAUUUGGUUAAGUGAAAAAAGAUGAAUGGUAUCUAUCUGUAUCCAUGAGACGAACAUGUCUCUUGAUUGAUCUUCAACAUGUAUAUAUUUGUUUUAAGAUGUUCAUAGUAUUACUCAGAUCCAUGUUCUAUAGGCUAUAGACUUUCAAUGUAGCUCCCUUGUAGUGAGAGGUUGUAUCUAGGUACCUACUCCAAUUAAAAUAUUUCAAUCAAUAAUGAAAUCAUGUAUGUACUUCUUGUUGAGUGGAAGUGUUGAUAAGAACACAAAGAACUUGUGGCAAUGCAGUAUUAUACUUCUGAGCGAGUAUUCUUAUAACUUUUAAUUUAAAAUGAUAAAUAUCCAUUUUUAGUUCUGACUGGAAAAGGGACGUGAUUCUUUUGAUGUACAUAUCUAUCUUUUUAAUAUAGUUGAAGCUUAGAGAAAAUAAUACUCGACCGUGGCCCAAAGAGUUAACAUAAAAUUUGUGUGAUAUUUAUGCAUUUAAGAAAAAGAAUAUGUAUUUGGUUAUGAAUUGGCUUUGCUGUCAUCAAUUGCAAGAGGGUGUCAUAGCGGGCAGUGAUAUUUUAUUUAUUUUAUAUCUCAAUAACGUAAAGUGCUUUAUGAAACGCUUCGUGACUUGAUUACGCUUCUUGUAAAGAAAUAUGGAAAAAUUGCUUAUAACUAAGAUACACCAAUAUUUUUAAGUAUUCUAGAUUGUCUUGUAUUGAACGGUGUUUUAUGUCUUUAAUAAUCAUUAUUUGCUCGGCUUUACAACCCAACACUAUUGGUCAUUUCCAGUUUACAAAUUAAAACAUUACUACUUUUAGUGAAGCUACCCUGUGGUGUAGUCUUGUACAUAUUAAGAAAUCCUAAAAGUAUCAGUUGUUUAUUUCAACUUUCUGCUGUAUGAAACAGUAUUCAGUUGUUGCUUUUGUCUGGAAGGUUCUUACCACUGUACUGAUUUAUUCUUACUCUAUGGCUAACAAAAAUAGUUAAUGAAAUGUACAAGGAAACUAAUGGCCUUUCUAUUAUUGUGAAUCUAGGGCUAUUGUAUCUUCAAAUUUGUUUUCAAAGGUAUGCUUAGAAGGCACUUAUCUUUUUCUUUCUGAGUUUUAUUUUUUUACAAGCGUGCAAAUGUACGUAUCUGUUUGUCAAGAAGUCAGCUGCAAUUUGUUUCACUUGUCCUUUGAUGUACUUGUGUGAUAUGCAAACUUUCAUAGGUAAUAUUUUUCAGUAUCUCUCGUACUUUCUCUUCUUCUAUUUUGUUCAACUUAUUAUUUUUUUUUCCCUCUCUUACUUCAUAAUUAUGAUUACAAUA